AUAGCCAUUCGGACAAUGAUGGUCAAUUGGGAAGCUAGCUUUCUUGCUCUUGUCACUUUUGUCGUCUAUUGGAAUGCUUUGUUUUGUGGGUUUGUAUUCGACGAUGCAUCCGCCAUCAAGGACAAUCCUGAUUUACGACCGUCAACCAAUUGGACCGAUCUGUUUUACAAUGACUUCUGGGGUACCCCAAUGAAGGAGGAAAGAAGCCACAAAUCCUACAGACCAGUGACUGUUCUGACUUUUCGAUUCAACUAUUUGCUGCACCAGCUUCAUCCUGUUGGAUAUCAUGCUGUCAAUGUUGCAUUACAUUCAGCUGUUUGCAUAGCCUUCUACAGGCUUUGUACGAAAUUUCUUGAACAGGAUGCAGCGCUCGUCAGCAGUCUAUAUUUUGCUGUGCAUCCGGUGCACACGGAAGCCGUUACUGGGGUCGUUGGAAGAGCGGAGCUACUUUCUGCCCUUAUAGCAUUGGUCAUCCUGAUGUAUUAUGAAUGUGUUCGCUCUUCGAGUGGGAUUUUCCACUGGGUCAGUGUUCUUCUGAUUGGUUGGCUGUUGGCACUUGGUACAUUAUGCAAGGAGCAGUGCAUCACCACAGUUGGCAUACUGCUGGCAUAUGAAUUUACGCUGGCAUAUCAGUCCUUCCUAGCUCGAUUGCGAAAGAAAUCCGCCACCAAUGGUUCGAGGGCCGCACUUGCGAUCGCAUCAUGGCCAAUUCCGCGUUUCAGCUGUAUCAAACGGAUGAUUGUGUCGGAUUAUGAGACUAUUCGUGCAUUGAUUACAAGUCGACCGGUUCAACGGCUGAUCGUCCUUCUCCUGUGUGCUGCCUGUAUAAUGUUGUUCAGAAUCCGCAUUAUGGGUUCACAGCUGCCUCAUUUUACAGAAUUUGACAAUCCUGCGGCACACGCGCCUCCGCUAAUUCGUCGUCUUACCCACCUCUAUUUGAUUCCGGUCAACUUGUGGCUCCUUGUUUAUCCAUCUGAUCUGUGUGCUGACUGGACUCUCGGCAGCCUGCGUUUGAUUGAUGGUUGGACAGACCCAAGGAAUCUGUCUACGAUUGUUGCCUUCGGUUUGCUUUUCAUUACUGCCCUCCUGGUCUUCGAUCCACGCACUGAAAUGAAGCGUUCGCGGGUAUUGGCUCUAGCACUCAGCUUGCUUGUGUUGCCUUUCCUUCCGGCAAGCAAUCUGUUCUUUUACGUUGGAUUCGUUGUUGCUGAACGAGUUCUUUAUACGCCAAGCCUCGGCUUUUGUCUGCUACUGGGCCUCGGUUACCAAGUUGCGAGUUCCGGUCAGUUUGGCAUCACUCAAGCCCAUAGGACAAAUCGGUGGCAUAAAUUUCGUAUGCGCGUUCUGGUCACCAUGGUUAUCAUUGGGUUUUCUGUGAAGACCAUUCGACGAAAUUUCGAUUGGACAGACGAGUACCAGCUGUUUUCAUCAGCCCUUAAGGUCAAUCCACGAAAUGCGAAAAUGUGGAACAAUGUGGGACAUUCGCUGGAAGCCAAAGGUGAAUUUCGCCAGGCCUUGGGAUAUUUUCAAAAAGCAGUUGAGGUACAGCCUAAUGAUAUUGGUGCUCGUAUCAAUGUUGGACGAACUUAUGUCAACCUGCAAAUGCCAAAGGAAGCUGAGAUAGCUUACUUCGGAGCGCUUGAUUACUUUCCGAAGCCCAAGAAAGGUCAAACUUACUAUGCUCGUGUUGCACCCAAGGACCUCAUGGUUUUUAUCAACUUGGCAAAUUUGUACCUGAACAAGACACCUCCCCUGCUUGAGGAUGCGGCUCGGCUACUUCGCCGAGCCAUUUCGCUACGGUCGGACUUUGUGGAUGCAUAUCAAAACUAUGGUAGCGUGCUGAUAAAACAAGGAAAAGCAGACGAAGCUGAAACGGUCUAUCGAACUGCACUUACUUAUCAGGAACGAAAUCCGGACUUAAACUACAAUCUUGGUGUGGUACUUUUGGAGUCCGGUCGUCGGGCUGAAGGCCUGUUUUAUCUGAACAAUGCCUUAAAGUACAAUCCGGAACACCUGCCAACAAUGUUCGCCAUGGCUUCUACCCUCACAGAAACGACCGACCCUGUUGAAAGGGAACGUGGGAAGCAUCUUCUCGAAACCUUGGCUGAACAAAGGUAUGAAUUUGCAAAAGUACACUUCGCCUUGGGAAUGCUGGAGACCGAUCUAAAGAACUUCAAAAAGGCAGCCUCACAUUACUACAAAACGAUCGAGGCCGAACCAGAUCAUCGCAGUGCUCUAUUUAACUUGGCUUUGUUGUCCAGAAACCAGCUCAACGACUAUGGGAGUGCAAUUCCUUUGUUGGAGCGAAUAAUUCAGGUCUAUCCAGAUCACGUGAAGUCCUACUUGUUACUGGGCGAUAUUGAACUCACAGAACGCAAACAUCCGGAGUUAGCUUUGAAGUUGUUUCGCCGAGCUUUGGAAUUGGAUCCUACAAACGUCCAAGCAAAGCACAACCUGUGUGUCGCUCUAGCUGAACAGGACGAUCUCGAAGCUAGUGAGGAAUGUCUCUUACAGGCGAUUCAGAUGGCUCCACACGAAGCCUAUUUAAGAGAGCAUUUGGCGGUCGUUCGUCGCCGUCUUAAUCCCGAGUGACAAGCUUUAAUUUAUCCCAACCACUCCGCAUUUUCCCCAUCAUGAGUUGAAUAAUAUUUUCCCUCAAUCUCGGUUUAGUGUGUUUUUCAUUGGACUAGACAUCUGCCCGGUCAAUAUAUUCUGUUUGUGCUGUGACAUUUUUUUCAAUGACCAUUAGAUCACAUGUUUGCCAAUGUUGCACGCUUG